AUGGCACCUAUCGGAUUAAAGGCGGUGGUCGGCGAAAAGAUUAUGAAUGAUGUAAUCAAGAAGGUUAAGAAGAAGGGAGAAUGGAAGGCCCUGAUUGUGGACCAGCUGAGCAUGAGGAUGUUGUCGUCCUGCUGCAAGAUGACAGACAUCAUGACAGAGGGCAUCACCAUUGUGGAGGACAUCCACAAACGACGAGAACCUCUCCCCAGUCUGGAGGCCAUUUACCUGAUAACACCCACAGAGAAGUCUGUUCACACCCUCAUUGGAGACUUCAAAGACCCUCAUUCAGCUAAAUACAAGGCAGCCCAUGUUUUCUUCACUGACUCCUGUCCUGAUCCUCUCUUUAAUGAGUUGGUUAAGAGCCGUGCUUCCAAAUCCACCAAGACUCUGACGGAGAUCAACAUCGCCUUCUUGCCCUACGAGUCUCAGGUGUAUUCUCUGGAUAACCCUGACGCCUUCCACAGCUUCUACAGCCCUCAUAAGACUCAGCUGAAGAACCCAGUGAUGGAGAGGCUGGCUGAGCAGCUGGCCACUCUUUGUGCCACCCUGAAGGAGUACCCUGCUGUUAGAUACCGAGGAGACUACAAGGACAAUGCCACUCUGGCUCAGCUGGUUCAGGACAAACUGGAUGCCUACAAGGCAGAUGAUCCCACCAUGGGAGAGGGUCCAGAUAAGGCUCGCUCACAGCUGAUCAUCCUGGACAGGGCUUUUGACCCUGCGUCACCUGUCCUGCACGAGCUCACGUUCCAGGCCAUGGGCUACGACCUGCUGCCCAUCGAGAACGAUGUCUACACGUAUGACACCAGUGGCAUGGGAGACUCUCGCUCAAAGGAGGUUCUUCUGCAUGAAGACGACGACCUGUGGGUGAGCCUGAGACACAAACACAUAGCCGAAGUGUCCCAGGAAGUGACACGCCAGCUCAAGGAUUUCUCUGCCAGCAAGAGGAUGAACACUGGAGAGAAGACCACAAUGAGAGAUCUGUCCCAGAUGCUGAAGAAGAUGCCUCAGUACCAGAAGGAGCUCAGCAAGUACUCUACCCACCUGCAGCUGGCUGAGGACUGCAUGAAGCAUUACCAGGGAACAGUGGAUAAACUCUGCCGUGUUGAACAGGAUUUGGCCAUGGGCACAGAUGCUGAAGGAGAGAAGAUCAAAGAUCCCAUGAGGGCUAUCGUGCCCAUUCUGCUGGAUGCCAAUGUCAGCACGUAUGACAAGAUCCGUAUCAUUCUGCUGUACAUCUUCCUGAAGAACGGCAUUACAGAGGAGAACUUGAACAAGCUGAUCCAGCAUGCUCAGAUCCCCCCUGAAGACAGUGAGAUUAUCACCAACAUGGCUCACCUGGGUGUCCCUAUCGUCACAGAUUCCACACUCCGCAGGGGAAAGAAGUUGGACAGGAAGGAGCGUGUGAGUGAGCAGACCUAUCAGCUGUCCCGCUGGACACCACUGGUUAAGGACAUCAUGGAGGACGCUAUCGAUGAUAAGCUGGACACCAAGCACUACCCUUACAUUUCCACCCGCUCCUCUGCCUCCUUCAGCACCACUGCUGUCAGCGCUCGUUACGGACACUGGCACAAGAACAAGACACCUGGAGAGUAUCGGACUGGUCCACGUGUCAUGGUCUUCAUCAUCGGCGGUGUGUCUUUCAGCGAGAUGCGCUGUGCCUAUGAAGUCACACAGGCCAAUGGGAAGUGGGAAGCCAUCAUUGGAUCCACCCAUAUCUUCACACCUACCAGCCUGCUGGAGCAGCUCAAGGCCAUGAACAAACCUGAUGAAGAAGUGACAAGUUAAAAUACUUCAAUCACAUUUUCCUCCUCAUGUCCUCAGCGUCCCCCACCGACCCAUAUUACCUUCAUAUCCUACCCAACAAAAUCCUACCCAUUAAUUGUGUAUGCAUCUUGCUUGACAAAAAAAGAUAACUAAGAUGAUAGAAAAAAUAUUGUUUCAUAAAAGAAUAAAAAUGUUCCAAGUAUUGACGUUUUACAAUGGAUGCAACAAAAUAAACUUAUUUAAAAAUGAUUCAAUAUCUGACUAAAAGGCCAUUUAAAACGGAAAGUACCAAAAUGUCAUGUUGUAUGCUAUGAACCUUGCUAGAAUGUGUAAAAGGUAGACAUCUUUUAAAUCUUUUGGGUUACCUCUUUGGUGUCAGUUUUAAAAGAUGCAGGUGGAUGGGGGGGGUGCACUUUGAGAGGUUCAUAUUGUAAAAUAUAUCUACAUGCAAUAUAAAUAUAUAUAUGUACACAUAUAUUUCAUCAGAGAGGAGCCCCACCCUUCCAUUUGCGAUGUUGGUAUUCAGUAGCAUGCUUGGAUCUGUGUGGAUUGUUCUGUGUAUGUAUCAAGUGUGGGUGUACUGAGAGCAGCAAAUUUAGCAUUUAUUCAAUUCUUAUGAUGUGGUUGUAUACUUCACCAGAAACUUUUGUUCUGAGUAUCAAAGUGUGCUUUGAAUCUGUUCUAACUACUUUACCACCUUACAUGCAUUAUAAAAUAAUUGCAGGUCGGGCCCACAAAAAGUGAUCGCUUUGCUUUGCUUUUAGCUUAGUGAACCAGCUAACUACACCAAACUGUUUUGGAGACAUAUGGUGAUGGAAACCUUUGUAGUUGUAGGUGCUCAACAUACAACACAGCUGAUGUGUUUUUGAUACUCAAAACAAGUUUCCAGUGCAAGUAUUGAGUCAAAUGCUUGGUUUAGCCAACAAGGAAAAAAAAACAUCCCUCCUCUGGCUGCACAGACUGCUUAUUCUUGCAGGAACCUUUUUUCCGUUCUUUGGAAAGAAUUCACAUUUUGAUGUUGAAAAGGCCGUUGCUUGCUGAUAUUUAAUGAAUAAACUAAGGGCCAGAUGUGUUUCAGUAUUGUAUCUUGUCAGAUUAAGUCUCAUCAUUGGUUAGUAAUGAUGUUUAAUUGGGCCAUGCACAAAGUAGUGUUGUGUAUAUGCCAUAUGUUGCUGUUUUAGUGUCUUACUGUUGAAUGGUAUUUUUUUCUGAUUGUGCAGUAGAUAAUUUUCAUUUAAAAAGCCAAUGUGAAGCCAUCGUGUUUGUGAUGUUGUAGCUGUAGCUGUUAGUGGUCUACUGGAAAAAAAUUAUCUACAUUUUCUCCGUCUAUUUUCUCCUCUGGUGCAAUGUAAAACCCUCCAAUUGUGAAUGGCUUUGCAAGGGAAAAAUAACCUAUACCUAUGCCACUUUCUUUUCCUCCCACUUUAGCCUCUUUCCCAGCCAAACAAGUUGUAUAUUGCACUAUAUAGUGUUUUUCUGUGAUGCAAAUGCUUGAGUUUUUUUUUAAUUAUUUUAAAUUAUUUGCUCUUAUAUAGGGUUUACUCUGUCAAAUCAGUUGAUUUCUAUCAAGAUUAUUUAUCAGAGAAAAUUAUUGGAAUAGUGUGUCCUAAUACUGUCUCACUUAACGGGUUUGUAUGUUUGCAAGUGUCUAAGCACAAACAGUACUUCCAUGUGUACCCAAUAUGUACUUAGGCUGUCAAAUAAAUUGGCUUCCAUUAUAUGAAGGUCCUUUUAUUUUUAUUUUUUGAGGUAUGAGGAAAAAAUCAAAUAAAA